AUGGUUCUCCGGAUUCGAUUGGCUCGCUUCGGCAACAAGCACGACCCCUUUUACAACAUCGUCGUUGCGCAGGCUCGGUCUGCCCGCGGCGCGAAGCCACUCGAGGUUAUCGGCACCUUCAACCCCAUCCCGAAGCAACCGACCAACCUGUACAAUGAGAACGCCAAUGCCCGCGCAUACAAGGAGAUUGCUCUCGAUCGGUCUCGUGCGAAGUACUGGCUCGGUGUCGGCGCGCAGCCUAGUGAUCCGGUGUGGAAGCUGUUGAGCAUGGCCGGGCUCGUCGAGAAGAAGCCUGCUACCUACGCAAAGGCGUGA